UGAUACAUUACAAAUGACAGUGCUUUAGGAUAUCGUUUUCUUGCAUCCGUGCAAGUGUAUUUCUUUAUUUUCCUGAAGAGGAACUUUCCUUCCAAUCAGUGUUACCGUGUUAUGGUUCCCCCUCGUGUACAGACCGUUCAGUCUAAGAUACAGACUUUAACGGGAAACCCGGUAAAUCGGGAUUUUCUUCGUAGUUCGUGAAGCAAUUUUCCAGCAUGCAUCUAACACACAAACUAGAGCUUUUCCCCGACCACACAGUGACUCAAAUGCUUUUCAAGGAGGUCAAAAAUGCAGCAGAGCUGAGACAGUGUGCGGUGGAGGGUAAAAUAAAUGGUGCCUUGAUCAACCCAACGAUGCUGGUGGAUCCUUUCCAAGUGCUGGUAGCAGUCAACAAGGCUGUUAACUUACAGAAAAUUGGGAAAAUGAAGACAAGAAGUUUAUACUCAGAAAUAAUCUUCAACCUGUCACCUACUAAUAAUAUCUCCGAGGCGUUCAAAAGGUUUGGGAGCUCUGAUGGCGAUGACUCUGUCCUGGUGGUCUUGGUUCACAGCAAAGAUGAGUCACAGCUUGUGUCAGACAUCUCAGCCAGGGUGAGCGGACGCCAGGUUCCAGCGGAAGAGGUCUCCUCGCUGACAGACCAUGCAAAAAUCAAAAAGCUGUAUAAAGUCACAGCGCAGGAGGAGAAGUGUGGAACUCUACUUGACGCAGUUGUAUGCAGGAUGGCCAUCAAGGACGUCAUGUAGCUGUGACAGGAAAAAGGACCGGAACAGGACUUAUAAAAAAAAAAAAUGGUUGCCUUUUUUCAUAUGAGAUGUGGAUUGAUAUAAAUGGCUUUCCUGCAGUUGCUGUUAUUUCACCACAUUGUGAAGUCCCAAAACAUGUAAACAUUGUCUUUUGGGCACUCCACAAAACUCAAAUCAACGUUAACUACAAAAAAGUCAAAUUUUUCCCAGCUGAAAAGAAAAUUUAUGUUGUUUUCAUGGACUAUACUUGUCUUUUCUCCUGCUUACAUUUUCUAUGUUAUUGUUAGACUAGAAGUUUGAGAGGCAGUUGGGGAAGUCUUAACACUUUUUUUUUUUAGCGUCAUUUCAAGUUCCCACAGACACUUUUCAUGCUGCGUCAUUACUUUGAACCUUUUUGGACAGUAGGGGACAGUGAUGUAAAACUGGUCUCAUGCCAGCAGUUGGUGAAUAAUGAAUCUAAAAUGCUCUGGGCCAAAUAUCUGCCAGAUCUCAAGAGGAUAAAAAAAAAUAUAAAAAUAUAUAUAUAUAUAUAUAUAUAAUCCACAACAACGACAUGAAAGAAUCAGUCAAACCCUGUCAGCACAAGAAUAUUAAAUGUACUGGUUGUCUAAAACAUUUUGAUGCAGCUUUGUUCUUUUAAAUCACCCUAAAUUACCUUUUUAUUAUAAUAUAUCAAGUGUAGGGAUGCUAAAAUUCUCUAACCAAUAGAAAUGUAAAAUGUCACAGCAUUACUUAACUUGCACCUGGAUGUUUACUUUUUAUUCACUUUCAUUCAGUUUUUUUUUUUGAGGGCACAACAACAUACUCUUAAUGAAAUGAGAUUUAGGAGGCGUUUAUUAAAACACACUGGAACAAACAAAAUUACAUUGAAAUGAAAUUUCAAUGUAACUUUGACUUGAGAUUGACUUGAGACUUGAGAUUGUGGCACUUAAAAUACUCAUCUAGAGAGU